AUGCCUACUUUACUUUUUCAAAAUGACACUCAAAAUAGACUAGAUUCUAUUUUAUACAAGUAUACACAUGACUCUGAUUCAUCUAAAAAUAUUCCUGGGAUAGUAGCAGGUAUUGCCAAUGAUAAAUCAAUUUUAUAUUUGGGGUCAAGUGGUGUUAGAAACAUCAACGCAAAACCAACUUCUAAAAGUGAAAUUGACGAUAACAAGUGUACCACAGACACUCUAUUCUUAUUAUUUUCUACCACCAAAGCCUUCACAAUUACUGCUUUAUUUCAAUUAAUCGAACGUGGCAAGUGUAAAUUAGAUGACGAACUUGUCAAAUAUUUGCCAGAAUUGAAGUUGAAAAAAGUCAUUAAAUCUAUUGAUUCAACUACUGGUGCAAUGGAAUUAGAAGAUGUUAUUAAACAACCAACCAUUAAAAAUUUAGUCACUCAUACUGCUGGUUUUGCUUAUGCCUUUUUCAAUGAAAAAUACAAAAGCAUUCAAGAUAAUACAGGCAGAGGAAACAUUUUGGGUGCUAAAUAUGAAGAAUUUGAUGUUCCCUACGCCAAUCAGCCGGGGUCUAAGUGGGAAUACGGCUCAAAUAUUGACUUUCUUGGAGAAAUCGUCUCUAGAGUCAGUGGGGUUGAUUUAGAAGAAUAUUUAAAAGAAAAUAUUUUCAAGCCACUAGGGAUGAAUUCUACCAAAUUUACUAGAGAUGAAAGUGACAAUGAAAAGCUAUCGUGGUUACACAUUAGGGAUAACAAUAACAACACUGGUUUUGCAACAGAUUUAAAUUUCACUCCAUUGAAACCUGAGUUUAAGUGUGGUGGCCAUGGUUGCUUUGGUACAGUUGAAGAUUAUUUGAAAUUUUUACAAAUGUUUUUAAACAAAGGUGUUUCUCCAAUAACAGGCGAAACCAUUUUAAAGGAAAGUACUAUUAACGAAAAUGCUUUUAAGAACCAAUUGAAUAAUUUGGGAGAGGGUGACAUUAAAGUUAUUAGUUUACCAGGGGUUCAACCAAUUAUUUCUAAUGACGUUAAUUUUUAUCCAAAUGUUUUAAAAACGUGGAGUGAUUUUUUUAUGAUUAACGAAGAAGAAUUGGAGACGGGCAGAAGUGCUGGUAGUUGUAUGUGGACUGGAUUAGCUAAUUUAUUUUAUUUUAUUGAUUAUAAAAAGAAGUUGGUAGGAUACUGGGCUGAAUCUGUUUUCCCCUUUUUUGACCAUGCCAGUGUUAAUGGAUUCGCUGAAUUUGAAACGGAAGCGUUUAAGAGUUUUACUUGA